UCGCAACGCCCGAACUUAUAAUUUCUAAUGUCGUCUACAAAAAGUGCAAUGGACGCAACUGUAUUUCCGGAUGUUCCUCUCUCACAAACGGAUUUGAUUAUCAUUGGUGGGGUUUUGAUUGUUGCGUUGGUCCUUCUUAGUAUUAUUUACUGCUGUUAUUGCCGUCGAAAGAAGAAGAUGUCGCCACAUGAAGUGAUCAUCGUUGAAGAAAUACAAGUAGAGACUUUUUCUGAGCCGCCAAAACGUGUUUCCUCGCAAAAACGCAGCACACCUCAACAAACUAAAGCGCCACAAAAUCAAAAACCGAAAAGCGUGAAAAAGAAGUCCAAAUCAAAGAAGCCAAAGAAAAAUGCUGGCGACGAACUUCCAGUUAAUAAAGACUUGGCAUUGGCAGCUGGGGUUGUGGUGCCUGGGACUUACGAGGAUAUUGUGGAAGUACCAGGUGCUUUUGGGUUUUUGUAG